UAUUGCAAUGCAAGUAGAAGAAUUACUAGAAUACGUUCCUGAAUCUAUAAAUCUCAUCCUAGAGCCAACUCAAAAUAAAGGGGCCCUUUAUCUUGGAAAUAUUGCCUCCUUAUUUAAAUCUAUUAAAAAAAAUCAAAUAAGAGUAUAAAUCAGAAUGUAUUAGUAAGGCUGCAAUCUCAAUAUGCGAACCACUAGACACGAAAGGUAUUCAACUUGAAUAGCAUCUUUAAAUUGCUCUGGAUGAUUAUGAAGACUCUAACAUCAAAUAAUAUUUUACUUAGACAAACUUGUUCAUCUAAGAAAAUUUAAAUGUAAUUUAUUAUUACCAAUUAUCUAGAAAGGAAACCUAUUGGUUCAUUGUAUGGCUGGCGUUUCUAGAAGUGCUGCUAUUGUCAUUGCAUAUGUCAUGUGGAGCUAGAAAAUGACAUUUUAAAAUGCGCUUCUUUUUGUUACUCAAAGACGUGAAUAAGUCUAUCCUAAUAAAGGUUUUAGACAAUAAUUAAUGCAAUACGAAGAAGAAUUGAAAACUCUACAAUGA